AUGGCGAGACGCAAACACGGGAAAGGGGGCCCAGGGGGGCAGCUGUCGGGGGCCCCAGAGGAAGCAGCAGCAGCAGCAACAGCAGCCGCAGCAGCAGCAGACACAGCAGCAGAAGCAGCAGCAGAAGCUGCAGAAACAGAAAAUGCUGCUGCUCUCCACGCUGCAGAUAACGCAGCAGGACCUGCCGGCGCAGCAGCAGCACCUGCAGGCACAGCAGCAGCAGCAGCAGCAGAAUCAGCAGAGGAGGCAAUAGCAGCAGCAGCAGCAAUACACGGAGGAACGAAAGCAAACGAAGCAGCAGACGCAGCAGCAGAUGCAGCAGCAGAUGCAGGUGCAGCAGCAGCAGCAGCAGCAGCAGAAGCGGCUUCUGGGCCUCACAGCUCGCCGCUGGUACCAUUUGAAGGGGACGCGCAGCAGCAGCAGCAGCAGCAACAGCAGCAGCAGCAGCAACAGAAGCAACAGCAGCAGGUCAGUCAUGAGCCCGAGCCGCUGGAUAUCGAGAAGCAGCAGCAACAGAAGCCUCAGCGCGAAGAGAAGCAGCAGCAGCAGCAGCAGCAGCACCAGGAGCAGCAGCAGCAGCAACAGCAGCAGCAGGAGCAAGAGGAGCAACCACACCAACGGCAGCAGCAGCAGGACCAGGAGGAAAAGCGAGCUCACUUGGAGCAGCAGCAGCAGCAGGAACAGCAAGAGCCGCAGCAGCAGCAGCAGCAAGUGGAGCAGCAACGCCAAGAAGAAGUGCAGCAAACAGAGCAGCAGCAGCAGGAUCAGCAGCACAAACAGAGUCAGCAGCAGCAAGCGCAACAGCAGGGCGGACAAGAGAAGCCGCAGCAGCAGCAAGAAGAGCAGCAGCAGCACGAGCAGCAGCAAAAGAAUGAACAGGAGCAGCAGCGGGAGCAGCAACAGGAGCAACCGCAGCAGCACCACGAGCAACCGCAGCAGCAACAGGAAGCGCAAGAGCAGCAGCAGCAGCAGCAGCAGCAGCAGCAGCAGCACGAGAACGUGACAAAAGGUGCGGCGGAGCAGCAGACUGAGAAGCAGGCAGCUGACAAAACAGAAGCAGCAGCAGCAGCAGCAGCGGCAGCAGCAGCAGCAAAGGCGCAACACAAAGAGAACGAGGACACAGCAGCAGCUCCAGAAGCAGCUGCAGCAGCAGCAGCAGCAGCUGCUGCUGCUGCUGCAGCAGAGAUACACCAAGACCCCUCAGGCGUCUCCAUGUCUUCCAAAGACAUCCAGGGGGAUAAGGCGCCGUCCCAGACCAGCAGCAGCAGCAGCAGCAGCAGCAGCAGCAGCAGCAGCAGCAGCAGCAAGGUGCCGCCCCCAGUAGUGCCUGUCAGCGAGGCUGUGGGCUCGCUUGCUGCUGCCUCGUCACUUCCAACUGCAGCAGCAGCACCAGCAGCAGAGGCAGCAGCAGCAGGACCAACAGCAGAGAUAGCAGCAGCAGCACCGAAAGCAGAGGAAGCAGCAGCAAGGCCAGCAGCAGAAGCAGCAGCAAUGCCAGCAGCAGCAGCGGCAGCAGCAGCAGCAGCAUCCCCGCGAGCAGCAUCUUUGUCUUCCCAGCCAGAAACCGCAGCAGCAACACCUGUGCCAGAAACAGACGCAGCAACCCCAGCAGCAGCAGCAGCAGCAACCCCAGCAGCAGCAGCAGCAACCCCAGCAGCAGCAGCAGCAGCAGCAGCAGCAGAAGAGUGGUUUCCCAUCAAAACAAUAAAUGCUUUUGGGGCCCCCAGACGCAUUUUGCUGCAGGCAAAUAAUGGGGCCUGUCCGCUGCUGGCCAUUGCGAAUUGCCUCAUACUUAAGGGGCAGCUGGAGCUGCGCGUGCAGCAGCAGCAGCAGCAGCAGCAGCACGAGCUGCAGCAGGAGCGAAUCAGCAGCAGCGAGCUGCUGCAGCUGCUCUCGGAACUGCUGCUGCUGCAGGACACCCCAGGGGCUGAAGACCCAGAGGCUCACGCCUACACAAUUGGCGAUGCAAGUAGUGUUGCUGCUGCUGCUGCUGCUGUUGCUGCUGCUGCUGCUGUUGCUGCUGCUGCUGCUGCUGCUGCUGCUGUUUGUCCGUGUGGGUGCAUCCCUGCUUGUUUGCUGCUGCCUCGCGUCCUGUGA